AUGACAUUAUGUCCUAUUCUCGAUUUCGCUAACCACACGACGAAACCUCCUUACACAAUACCAGAGCCAACGAGGGCAGAACUUUGGGACACAGGCCCAUCAGCCAGCAGAAAAUUCGGAGAUAAUUUUGUGCUUCUAUCACCGUCCGAUGUUACUGGUCAAACGGAAGAAUUAUACCUGCGAUAUGGAUUGCAUUCCAACGCAACACUCUUUUCCGAGUACGGAUUUGUUAGCCAUCUACAUGCCACAGAGCAGGAUGACGAUACCCCUGGAGGUCAGAUUGACUUAGAAGGAGUGAUAGAAGAUCUAUUUUCCAGGCGAGGUGAUGUAGGCUCGUGGAUGAAGGACCUCCUGGUCGAGGAAGGAUACUGGGGCGAUUGGACACUGCAUUCUUCGCCUGCUCCUGCGCACCCUUCAUAUCGACUAAUAACAGCCUUGAGGCUGUAUGAUCUUUUGCCAACAACGACCGCACGGAUACCUUCAAAUGUUGAUGCUUUGCUUCAAGUUUGGCGAGACACUAUUCAUGGAAGAAGAUACAUUAUUUCGGAAGAGAAUGAACUCAACUGGAGGGAGACUCUCAAAAUGAUUUGUACAUGCAUAGUUAAUGACGCUGUAGAAGGGCUUUCCAAAACAGCCGCGAUUGACAUAACGGAUGGUUCUCCUGAAUGGUUGGCGUCUUCUCGGUCGUUUAUAACGAAGUUGUGGCAAGAAGAGAUCGAUGUAUCGACAUCUGUGAUUGAGAGUGUCGAUCGAAGAGAAGAGUUCUGA